GGCUGAAAAGACUGAGUACACACAUGAGUGAGAACAAAGAGGAAGAGGCAAGACAAAGUGCUUGUGUAAGUGCUUUCGAUACCUUAUCAAAAGGUGGAGCCCGACCUACUGAGAAGCACGGUUCGAAUAUGAUGUGGAUUUAAAAGAAGUGCGAGAAUGAAAUCAUUGGACUGAAGAGAGCAAAGCCUGGAGUAGAUCAUGGGAGGUGUGACCUUUGCGCAACCAUCCAUGAACCAGACACAACUCGGCAACAUCACCAAUUCACCACCAGAAUAUAACGAUGUGGAGCUUGUGCUGCUUGGUGUUGCCAUGGCUAUUCUUGUCCUAGCAAUAGUUUUUGGUAAUGUGAUGGUGAUUACAGCCAUCCUGCGCUUCCAGAGGCUCCAAACUAUCACCAACCUCUUCAUUGCCUCACUGGCGGUUGCUGACCUCAUCAUGGGUGUGAUUGUGGUCCCUUUUAGCUCCAGUAACAUCCUGCUGAAAAGCUGGAUGUUCGGAAACUUCAUGUGUGACUUCUGGACGGCAACUGAUGUGCUGUGUGUGACAGCCAGCAUAGAAACACUGUGUGUGAUUUCUCUGGACCGCUACCUCGCUAUUACGAGGCCUCUCCGCUACCCAACACUGCUCACCAGGGCUCGGGCUUUCAUGGUGGUGUUUGUGGUUUGGGCAGUGGCCUCGCUCAUCUCCUUCCUGCCCAUCUAUCUCAAAGUCUGGGUGUCAGACAAAAAAUCAGCUGUGGAAUGCUUAUUCAAUGAGACCUGCUGUGAAUUCAACACCAGCGCAACGUAUGCAGUCUGUUCUUCAAUUGUGUCUUUCUAUCUGCCGCUGGUGGUGAUGAUUUUCCUUUACACCCGUGUAUUCCAAGAGGCUCAGAAGCAGCUGGAAAAGAUCAGAGGAAGGCAACGGCACUUCUACCACCUGCAUAAGUCUGCACCGUUGACUUACACAGAAGACAGUCCUGUACUGAAUAAACUCAGGACAGGAGCGGAUGGAGAGGACAGACUGAACAUGCAGCAAACUGAGGAUAUAGACAACAGGCAAGAGGAGAAGAGAGAAGAAAAUAGAGUGAGGAUGGAAAAAGAAGGCAGGCAGUCUGCUGCAAAGCGUCUCAAGUUCUGUCUUAAAGAGCACAAAGCUGUGAAAACUCUGGGAAUCAUCAUGGGAACUUUCACAUUGUGUUGGCUACCAUUUUUCAUUGUCAAUAUCGUCGUAGCGUUUGUAGAUCUCGAUAAAUAUAAGGAACUAAUUCGAUUCCUUAACUGGCUAGGUUACUCCAACUCUGCCUUCAACCCCCUCAUCUACUGUCGCAGCCCUGAUUUUCGGCACGCCUUCCAGGAGAUCCUUCAUUUGAGGGGAAGAAUCUCUGGAUGGAAGGGGGCAUGUGGAUGGUGUAGUGAGAGACACAACUACCCCAAUUCUCCACAGAGGCAGAAUGGGAACUCAGACACGAAUCGUGUCAGGGAUCUGGACACUCAGGAAACAUCAGGGUGGAAAGGAAGUCUGGAGAGCUCCAUUCAGGACAGCUCUCUGACCCUGGCCCAACCAGCAUCAUGCUCAGAGCAGGUUCUAGAUGUAGCUCCCGGCUCCUUGACCAGUUGGGAGGAAAACAGCUCCCGCAGUAGGACUUGUAAGGAAAAUGUUGCUUCUAUUGCUUGACCAAAAACAAUAACAUUAGACCUUAAAAUGAAGGGGUGGUAUCAUGUAAAAUGAACUUUUUUGAGCUUUGCACAAUAUAUUAAUUUUAUUCCCUUAUCAAAAACAUACAUGCAGUGUUACCUCAAUUCUUUAAAGCACUCCUCGGAGUUACAGUUCCCAAGCUUCUGCCUCACAGAGCUUCCCUCUCAUUAGAGUCUGCCCCCCUACUCAGCUCCUUCAGACUAGCCAGCACCAAUUAGCAAACACCUGGUGGAACUGUGCAUCUGCUGAGUUUAUUAUACGAGCUACUUCUCAGUGCAACGCUGGUAAAAACGUUGCUAAAAGGUUAAUGGAGAAAAUGCUGUUGUGAUGACUACCUGAAGGCGAAGUUGCAGAAGGACAAGGAGUUUUUAAAGAGACAGAGACCCAAUUACAAGGAGUUAAAUCAGGAAUUAAAAUAGUCUUUAAAUCCUGUUUGAUAUGUAACAACUGAAGGUAACAUAGACGGUUGAUUAUGCUAUAAAAUGGCACUAUAUGCCUGGAAAACACAUAAUACUGCCCCUUUAAAAAUACACUUCUAUAUAGCAUUAGCUAAUUUGUUUAUCUUUGAUGGACUGAUUGAAUUUUCUGGUGUAUAACAUGGCUGGAUAAGAUUAUAUUGUCUCAGUGUUACUGUGACUUUACUUGAUAUCCAUGUUCCUCUUCUUCUCUAUUGCAGUUUUUUAAUUGCAUUCAAUAGACUGAAAUACAAAGAUCAGUGAUCUAAGAUGAAUUUAGCAUUCAUACAUUCACCCAAACAAAAAAUAUGGAAUAUUUUCACACAUAAGACACAAAAUUGUGACAUGCCAUCAAAUUCUCUGGAUUCUUUUAAGGAGGUGACUGUUGGAACUAAUUACCUAUAAUAAUGGAAAAUAUUAACAUUGUAAGAUUUGAUUCAUGUUAUGAAGCAGUCCAUUUGAUCCUAAGCCAAUCUGGUGUUUUAAAAAAAUCAAUCUGUAAACAAAAGUUAAAAUAAAUUAAGACUUAAAAACAAGGCUUGAGUUUACAAGAUAAUUUACAUAUAAGAAUAUAACAUAUAAUAUUAUUAGAAAUGCUAUCGUCUUUUGAUACAAUGAAUGGUACUCGGUUGCAUCCAUCUCUGUGAUGUACUUUGUGGGAUAUUUGAGAUUUUAUUUAUCCACAAGUGGAGUUAGUGGUUUAAUUUAUAGCGUCUUACUGAAAUCUUUACACCACUUGAGGAUUUUCAGAAAUUGAUCACUUAACAACAAACCUCAUUGUAUAGAUCAACAUGAAGUGAGUAAAAAAAAUAUAUAUAUAUAGAUUUUAUUUUUACAAAUUUGAAAAUGUAAAGUGUGGCAUUGAUCUGUUGUUGCCCAACCUUUAUUCUGAUACCCCUAAAGAAAGUGUAGGUGUGGAUAAAGGACUCAUCUAAAAGUUGCA